CAUAAUGGAUUCUUGUAGCUUUCAAAUACGUUUGCCAGAGAUUUGGACACAUUUAUUAAAAUGUUAGUCUGAAUGUAAUCACUCAGUUGAUGUGUUUAUUUGAAUCAAGCAAGCAGUGAUUUUUAAAGAGCAGACAUGUGAGUGUUUGUCAGUGGCUGAAGAGCAAAAAUGUGGUCUAGCCUGUAUGCAGUGAAAUGCUCUGUUUUGACUGGCAUGUCAGAAUCAGUCACUUGAGAGCUGGGUUGAAGACAUUCUCUCGGGUCAGGACGUAAUUACACCAAAGAAGAGCUUGCUUCGUUUUGCAGAUUUUCCUGUAGGUCUAAUGUAUCCAGUUAAUGGACAGUUUUCCUUCAGUUUGAGAAUGUGACCCAUAUAACAUCAAAGAUUGAGGAUUUUGGUCUUCAGUAGCUGGCAGCAGGAUGAAUGUGGAGACUCUCAGUAAAGCUGAACUUCUGAUGCUGCUCAGCAUUCUGGAAGGAGAACUGGAAGCACAAGAUGUAGUCAUACACACACUCAGGGCACAACAGAGAGAUGCAUUUGUACAAGAGCGUUAUGGACAUUACAACCUCCGUGACCCCUUCAUAGCACUGCUGAGAGACAGCGAGCUGUCACAGGCUCAGGAUGAUGGAGGGCAGAGUCCCGUGUGUCUGAACCCGCUGGGUGUGUUGAAGCUAGUGAUGGCCCACUGCACCAACAUGAAGGAGAAAAUGAUGAAACAGCUUGCUGCUGCAGAGAGGAGACACAGACGGGUAAUAUCAGAUUUAGAAGAAGAGAAACGACGGCGUGCUCAAGACAAUGCUGCGGGUGAUGACAUCACUGCCAUGCUGGAGAAGGAACGAGACAGACUUCUGCAACAGCUGGAGUUUGAGAGGGCUCAAGUCGAGCGUUUAGAACAUGAGCGGUCAGUCCUGUCGAAUCAAGCUGAGGAGGAUUUAGCGCAGCAGCAACAGUUAUCCUCGACACUGGCGAAAGAAUGUCAGAAGGCUACAGCACGGGCAGAGGAGGAGAGCCAGCGGGUUGCAGAGCUCAGCCGCCAGCUGGAACAGGAGAGCAGUACCAUCAAAACCCUAAAGGGGGAGCUGGAGUGCGAACACGCUCAUGCUCAGCAGAUAGAGGCGAAAGCUGAGAGAAAGCUGGCCGAAUUGGAUACAGAGCGCGAGCAGCUGAGAGGGAAACUACUGAAGGAAGAAAAACGAUAUCAGGAGCUUUUGGAGAAGUUCAAUAGUCUAAAAAAAGAGUUGGAUGAAAUGAAAGAAAGAGAAAAGGCAGGACUGGAAAAAGACAAUGAAGAAAAGGUAAAAAAUCUGCAGAAAGCAACCACAGGGAUCACGCCUCCUCUUAGUCAAACAGAAGUCGAUGGCAAAGCCAUUGCAUCUAAAUCAUCUCCUCAACCCAAGCUAAAUGGCCACCACACUUCCAGAGAACCAGAGUCUCCAGCAGACGAGAGGUGCAAGGAAGUGGGACCGGCGGACAUUGGGGUAGUGCUCCCUGGAGGAAGUGGAGCCUUGCAGUGUCUCUCCCCCAGCAGUCCUGCCUCGUCCUCCCUUAGCUCAUCUCCUUGCUCUUCCCCAGUACUGACCAAGCGUCUGGCCUCUAUAGGCUGCUCUAGUCCGACCUAUCCAUCCUCUUACCAGGCCAGCAUCAACCAGCGAUUCCAAGCAGCACGCCACAAGUUUCAGCAGCAAGCUGAGGCAGAGCAGCAACACGGAGCAUCCAUUGUCCACUCACCUCGAGACCUCUCUCCUACUGCAGCUGCUCCUACUACUCCAGACAAUUCUACUGCAAAGCAGAUUGCCCGCAACACUGUCACUCAGGUGCUGUCACGGUUCACGAGCCAACAAGCAACAAGUAAACACCCUCCGUCCAACAGCUCGCCCUUUGGCACUGAUUACCGCAGCCUGGCCACAGCCUCCUCACCGACAGGGAAGAGCCCAGGGGUUCUUUCACCAGGGAUCCGCUCACCAAUAAUUCCUAGGGCGGAGAAGAUUCAUCCACCCCCUGUUCCUCCUAAAAAGCAGGGGGUCAACCAGUCUCCCGGCUCACCAGUUCCUUCUGGCAGGGCCAGCCACUUCCCCGAGCUCUCUGGGAGCUGUGGUCUCACCAGUGGUCAGGAAGAUGCAAAAGAGCUUGACUUGGUUGUGUCGUCAUCUAGUUAACCAGCCUGGACUUCACACCUGUUCUUAGCCUUCUCCACUCCAUUCCAUCCAUUGGCAUCUAAAGCACUCUUGAGAGCCUCAAGGUUUUCUUCUUUUAUUUUCACCCUUAUUUUUAUGUCAUACUUGUCAAUUCUUGUCCUUAAAGAGAUAGUUCACCCAAAAAUGAAAAUUCUGUCAUUAAUUUCUUACCCUAAUGUUGUUCCAAACCCGAAAGACGUUCAUUCACGUUCAUGUGACAUCAUGGGUUCAACUGUAAUUUUAGGAAACUACGAGAAUACUUUUUGUGUGCAAAGAAAACAAUAAUAACAUAAUUUAUUCAGCAAUUCUUCUUCCCGAGUUACUGUCUUCUGCCAUUUUGGAGAGUACCCCAGAACGUAAUCAACGUAAUGAGCGUUGUUUAUUUACGUUCUGGGGUACUCUCCAAAAUGGCGGAAGACGGUAACUCCUUGCUAUCUAUGGAGGGUCAUAGAGCUCUCAGAUUCUAUCAAAAAUAUCUUAAUUUGUGUUCUAAAAAUGAACAAAGGUCUUACAGGUUUGGAACGACAUGAUGGUGAGUAAUUAAUGACAGAAUUUUAAUUUUUGUGUGAACCCUUUCCAUCCAAAGGGUU